AACAAAAAGGACAAAAACAUAAUAAUAGGCCGGUAGUACUAGUACCCAUAACCCAAUACUAGUCUAGUCGUCGUCUGGCGAAUCUCCAAUCUUACGGCCGUUGAUGAAACAGCCGCUGCCAAAGUACAAACCCAGACUCCCUCCCCCAAAAUCCCCAUUUGAUCGCAGAAACCACCAAAAAAACCUUCCACCAUCACCCCUCUCAGAUUCUCCGACCUACCCAUCUCUCUUUUCGCCGUCCGCCAUUGUUUCUCCCGAUUGCCCGAGACGGCCGCUCCUCCGUCAAUUGGUCAUUCCUUCCGUUUCCUCAGCUUCAAUUUUGCGGCUUUUCCUCCCACAAAGUCAAGACAGCAUACUGAAAUUGAACUGGCGUUGGUGGUGAUGAUACGAUAAUCAGCUGCCUCUCUCUUUGUGUCCUCUUUCUAGGGCUUUCCGGAGAUUGUUUUGAGGUAUGCUGAAUUUUUUCCUUGCCUUUCCGAGUUCAUGAGGGGAGAGGGUUGGCGUUUUCAGCGCAUUGGUCUUUUCUCUGAGGUGUUCUUUUGCCAUCUACAAAACCCAUUCACUCGAUUCGAAUGCAUGCCGUUUUACUAAAAUGUAUCUUCUACACGUAAUGAGGAUAGCUUUGGUUGGUGCUGACUGAAUAGGGAUUAGAGUGAAUGAACUUGUUCCUGGCGAUAUUCUGUGGUAUGGACUUGUAGUAUUAGUGGGUAAUUGGUUGUUUGUUUAUGAGAUUUAGAGUUCGGGUUUCCUUAAGUGUUUCUCCUGAAAUGUCAAUUGGGUUUUCCCUUUUCUGCAGUGGGCAUGCAAGUAUUCCUCCGGACGCCGGAAUCAUAGGUGCUGGGAAAUGGGUCCUCUUGACAUUAAUAUACUUGUUCUUUGAGGAGGAUAAGUAAAGAAUUUGUAAGAAGUGAUAUGGCUCGCAAAGGUAGUCAACAGAAGAAUGGAAUACCGAACCAUAAGAAGAAAAUCUCAGACUCAGAGUUAAAAGGACAAGGUAAAGCCAGUCAGGCAAAGGUUCUCCCAGGAGAUGAUCUGAUAAAUGGUGUUCCGCCAACUAUUCCUGUUACAGAUGCUACUAGGAAAACCGUGCAUGUUGGAGAUGAGAACACAGUCAAGCACCAAAAGUAUGGGAAGUCUCAGAACAAAGAGAAGCAAGGAACAGAUGGGAUUCAUAAUGUAGAAGAAACAGUAUCAUGUGAUAGUAAUUUGAGCGAUCCCAUUAAUCCUUCUCCGGAAAGUACCGGGUUGAGAGAAGAACAUGGACAAGGAACUGGUAGUGUAAGUGGUCCUACCAACUGGACGAGCAACUCAGGCUACUUGAUGGAUCAGUUUCAUGUUAGAAAUUUCAUGGAAAAUUUGAAUGUUUCCGGAGAUGUAGCUUUUAGAAACUUGAGAGCAACAUCUUUGUCCAUGUUGAAGGCAGCAGGUGAGUGGAUUGAGAAGCAGAGGCCAUUGCCUGUUAUCCUCACUUCCUACCUAUGCAAUGCUCGUGAUUAUGCUAAACAGAAGUUUGAGCUAGCUUAUCCCUUCGUUUUGAAAUGGCUCUGGCAUCUUGGGAAUAUAGUCCUCUUUUUAUCAAUGGUUUGGUUGGAUUUCACUCUAAGAGGAGUAGGUUCCUUUCUACGCAUGGGAACAACAUCAUUUUUCUCACUUAUAUGGUGCAGCAUUCUAUCAAUUGCUGCCAUGGUUGGGAUAUUCAAGUUUCUUAUUGUCCUGGUCAUAGCUGCUGCUGUUGGAGUUUUAAUAGGUUUUACCCUUGGGAUUUUAGUAGUUGUUAUUUCUGCUACUAUUUUCCUAUGGUGUUAUGGAAGCUUUUGGACAACAGCAUGCAUUACAGCAAUAUCUGGAUUGGCAUUCAUAUCAAGCCAUGAAAGUCUUGCUUUACUAAUUGCCACUGUUUACUCGGUGUACUGUGCAUGGGGAUAUGUUGGAUGGCUUGGUUUACUUUUGGCAUUGAAUUUGGCUUUUAUCUCAAGUGACAUUUUGGUUUACUUCCUAAAGAAUAAUGGUAACCAGCAUAGAAGCUCCGAUGGAUCAUCUGAGAAUUCAGCAGGACCAGAAGGUCAACCCAACUUCUCAACUGGUGAAUCUUUCCCACAUGGAUUCCCGGAAUCUAUGCCUGGGGUGUCUGUAGACCGUAGCCCUGGUGUGGCGUCAACCAGUGGAGCUGACUCAGAUUUAAGUUCUGAAGAUGAGGUUAUCCGGUUGUUGAACUGUACUGAUCACUAUUCCGUGUUGGGACUGGGCCGCUAUGAGCCUGUAGAUGUUACUCUACUGAAGAGGGAAUAUAGGAAAAAGGCGAUGUUGGUUCAUCCUGACAAGAACAUGGGCAAUGAUAAGGCAGCAGAAGCCUUUAAAAAACUUCAAAACGCAUAUGAGGUAUUACUUGAUUCCUCAAAGCAAAAAGCAUACGAUGACGAUUUGCGGAGGGAAGAAUUGUUAAACUAUUUCCGCCGUUUUCAUAGCAACUCCCAAAAGAAUGGAGUACAUGGUCCCUUCCCACCUGGAUUCACUCAUCCAGAAGCUGAUGGAGAUCCUUUUGGUGAUUCAAGACGAAUAGCCUGCAAAAAGUGUGGCAACUUCCAUAUCUGGGUCCAUACUGGGAAACAAAAAUCUCGUGCAAGAUGGUGUCAGGAAUGCAAAGAUUUGCAUCCAGCAAAAGAUGGAGAUGGAUGGGUUGAGCAGUCUACACAACCAUUCUUAUUUGGGUUACUACAGAAGGUGGAACCCCCUUGUGCUUAUGUUUGUGCAGAUAGCAAGAUAUACAAUGCCACCGAAUGGUAUAGUUGUCAGGGAAUGAGAUGUCCAGUCAAUACCCACAAACCUAGUUUCCAUGUGAAUACUAGUCUUACCUCCAAACACCCAAAUCCCAACAAGGGCCCAACAAGCUCUGCCGCUAAAGGCCCCCGGGUGCCUCCUCCACCUCGACCAUCGCCUAACUUGGAAGAAACAAUGACAGAGGAAGAGUUCUUCGAGUGGUUUCAGAAUGCCGUGCAGUCUGGGAUGUUUGAGAACUUCGGCGGUGCUUCUGCCGCCGAGACCCCAUCCUCUUCCAAGGCAGCUGGUGGAAGUGGUAGUGGGGGUAACAGUAGGAAGAAGAAAGGGGGGAGAAGCAAUGGUAAGAGAAGGUGAACGAAUGAUGGUAAGUAGGGGGUGAUCGUUUACUUGUUGGUAAGCCCUUUCUUCUCGUUACCAUGUUGUGGCCAAGGGCAUGAGAACUGAGAUAGAUAGAGAGAGGGCUGUUGUAAGAAGUGGUUUUCAUUUAGCGAUUGCCCGCAGUUAGUGCGCUUAAUGCGAGAUGAAGGCUGAAGGAGGAGGAAACUUGGGCUACUUGAUUUUUGGGCUGGUAAGCUAGCGGCUUAUGCGUGUAACUGUAAUCACGAGGGGCCGAGGAGUAAGAUGGAAAGAGUAGUUUAAGAGAUUGCUAGUUCCAACUUUCAUCUCAUAGUCAUUUUUCUUUGUACUAAAGCUUGUUUUGCUUGUUGCCUUCCCCAGCUCCGCCAACACUACCACCACUACCGCCAUCGUCGAAUGUGAUCAUUAUAUAUCUCGAUACUAAGAACGCUACAAUCCGCAUUGACAUAUUAACUCGGGCACAACUUGUUAUUCGUAUCUUACUAUUACUUGAUAAGUCUUAGUCAUGUUGGCUCUAGAUUUUUGAAGAGUUGAGUCAUUUUGAUAGAUGGAUAAGUUCCUACUAGUGACAACUGACAAAUUGUAGCACACCAUUUGAUAGAUGGAUAAAUUAUUACUAACGACAAACAAAUUGUAGGCUCUCUUUGACGACGAGAACAAACCCUAAUUACUGCUACAUCUGUUCCUACGAACUACUACGCCACCCCUAUGAAACUACCAUACAACAUCAUCAACAAUAAAACCUAAAAUGGCAA